GGUUGAAAAACAGAAAGUGAUGCGGAAGAUCUGCUGGUUGGAAUGGUAAACCACAGAGGCCCGUCUCUUAUGAGAAUCGCUUCAACAUCCAAAUUUCUGUCUAGAAAACAAUCUCCCAGGACCAUUGCCCUUUACGUAGUCUUCCUCUUUACUUUCUCAAUCUUCGUUUUUGUCUUCAACGCUGGCAACAUUGUGGAAGACCAACACAACCCAAAUGUCUCCCACGAAUCCCAACCUCAACCUCAAUUUCUCCAGAUAGCUGAUGAAGAACUUUGGGAUGCUCCCUCCGGCCAUGGUUUACGUCCAUGUGUCAAGCCUACGAGCAGAUAUAAAGCUGCACAAGGAUCCAACCGCUAUUUAACAGUGAAAAGUAAUGGAGGAUUGAAUCAAAUGCGCACUGGUAUAUCAGACAUGGUGGCUGUGGCACACAUAAUGAAUGCGACCUUAGUCAUUCCACAGCUGGAUAAACGAUCCUUCUGGCAAGACUCAAGUGUGUUUUCUGAUAUAUUUGAUGAGCUUCAUUUCAUCAAAACUUUACAAGGAGAUGUGAAGAUUGUCAGGGAGCUUCCCAAGCAACUGGAACUUGUUCCUCGGGCCCGAAAGCACUUUACUUCCUGGUCUAGCAUAGGUUACUACAAAGAAAUGAUGCAGCUGUGGAACAACCAUCGGAUAAUCCAUGUUGUUAAAUCAGAUUCUCGACUUGCAAACAACGAUCUUCCUCUUGACAUACAGAGGUUGAGAUGUCGAGCUCUAUAUCAUGCGCUCCGCUUCUCUCCCCCCAUUGAGAGCUUGGGAAAGAAGCUGGUGGAUCACCUGAGAAUGCAGAGUGGAAGAUACAUUGCACUUCACUUAAGAUACGAGAAAGACAUGCUUGCUUUUACUGGUUGUACUUAUGGUUUGACUGAUGCAGAAUCUGAAGAGCUGAGAAUAAUGAGGGAGAACACAAAGCAUUGGAAGGUUAAAGAUAUAAACUCUACCGAACAGAGAAUAGGUGGCUUUUGUCCACUAACCCCCAAGGAAAUGGGAAUAUUUCUUCAAGCUAUUGGUUAUCCUCCAUCAACAUUAAUUUAUGUUGCAUCUGGUGAAAUUUAUGGUGGUGAUGCUCGCCUUUCAGAGCUUAGGUCUUGUUUCCCAAAUCUAGUUUUCAAGGAAAAACUGGCAACAAAGGAGGAGUUGAAAGCAUUUGCUCAGCAUCCAUCUCAAAGUGCUGCACUAGAUUACAUUGUUUCUAUCGAAAGCGAUGUGUUUGUUCCAUCAUAUUCAGGUAACAUGGCACGAGCUGUUGAGGGGCACCGCAGAUUCUUAGGCCAUCGGAAGACUAUCACCCCAGACAGGAAAGGACUUGUCAGGCUUUUUGAUGAGUUAGAAAAUGGACAGCAAAGAGAAACAUCCUCAUUCUCUGACCUUGUGCGGCAGAUGCACAAGAACAGACAAGGAGCUCCAAGAAAAAGAAAAGGCGCUUCACCUGGAAUCAAAGGCAAAGAACGUUUCAGGACUGAAGAAUCCUUUUAUGAAAAUCCAUACCCUGAGUGUAUAUGCAGUUCAAAGGCUGUAUAAAAUAAGCCAUAAACUGAUUUGGUUUGACCUCCGCAGUAUGAAGUCAAAGUUGCUUGAAUGAAAGGAUCCUCAGUUGAGUGGGUAUCGAAUGUUAACCAAGAUGGAAGGUGCCGUGAAUACAAGCUUGAAGCAAUGGAUAUGCUGCUAUUUGACUGACCCAAAGUUGUAGAUGCAGAACUCAGUUACACUGCCAUAGCCUUCUUACUACAGUUACCUCGCAGAAUGUUGUAGUUAAUUGCUGAUUCAAUUUCUUGAACAACCCCUUUCCCCAUUUCCUCUUAUAGGAUUUACAUUCCUCUGGCAGGGGAAGCUUGUAGUAUCAUUUUUUGGAAGUUAACAUUUUAGUCUGUGAAUUCCAUUGGAGGUAAUCUCUUUUCUUUUUCUUUUUUUUUUUUUUAUCUCUUUUUUCUCAGGUUUAAAAAUAUGAUGACGGUGUCAUGUAGUAUUAGAAGACAGAUAAGAGCCAACGAUGAUGUUAAUGUAAUUAAAUAGUUUAAUUAAUAGACAGUUUAUAUUUUAUUCCUCCUUACUCUGGUUCUCCCCUUCCCUUAUACCGUUCACAUCCCACCAUCAAUUCAUAAUCCCUCUUACCUUCCGCUAAUUACAAUUUAUCCUUUUGUUUUGUUUUGUUUUCUCUUUCUCAUAUUUAUCUUGAAUAUUUGGUCAUUUAACUAUUAAGAUUUAAUUUUUAACAACCAAUCCAAAUAUGAAAUACUUGUCCAAUCCUAUGAAAGAUAGGCGAAGACAUGUUCAUACACAAAAUGCAACUUUACCAUUAUUAAGGAAAAAAAGAUGGAAGCCAUGUG